CUCCCACUCUUGAUGGAAUCAGACAAUUACUGGCAUUAAUACUAACAGCAAGAAAGAGGAAGCUGACAGUAUUCAUUUGGUGCAAGGGGAAAGUGUGGGAGGCAAAGAGGGGCAGCAAGAAGGUAAAGUGGAAUAAGAUGAGAGACAGAGUGACAAAGAGAGGAAGAGCGACGGGAGGAGAGUCGAAUAGAGGGAGGGUUUAGUGCCAAAUAGGCUGCCCUCUCUUCUCCCACAUCUCAGUCUGUGAGCACUGGAGCACAGCGUGAGCUCUAGAGUGCAUUCCCGACAUGUACACCUGUAAGCCCUGCUCAUUCAUUCAGGGAUGCAACAUUCAUACAUGAACGGCAGCGACGCCGUUGAGACGUUUAACAGCAGCAAACAGUGUUUUUAAUCUGUCUUGAUGAGAUCAUUUGAGCCCGGAGGCAGAGGCAACGGAGGAGAACGCGACACGCAGAGAAGUGGAUGCCGAGCUGCUCCAGCCUACAGUUAAGGGGCUGGCACUGAGGACGCGACCCUACCCGCGGAUUGGAUAGCACCCACCGGAUGCUGUGAACGAAAUCCACCAGUUGUUAUCCCAGCUCUGUUGCUCAUAUGUGUGCCAAACAUGCUCUCCUACUCCGGGAAAAGAAGUUGAUGGAUUCCUCUAGUCAUCACAGCUGACACAUCAAAGCCCAGCGACAUUAUCACCACCUUCAGCCUGAACUCAGCAUCAACAGAAUUACACGCUGAAACAAAACAGGAUCAUCACUCGGUUCUGGAUAAUCAACUGGUCUGAACCACUGGUACAAACUGUCUCCUUUUAUCCCGGCCUCCUUAUAGAGAGCCUACAGUAUACGUCGAUGAAGUGGUGAUGUGUGAUAACUGUAAACACAGGUAGUGACAUGAUUCAGGUGUGACCCUGGAGAUGCCGAAGAGACGAGACAUCGUCGCCAUUGUGUUGAUUGUGUUGCCUUGGACACUGCUCAUCACUGUUUGGCACCAGAGCACCAUCACUCCACUGCUUGCCACUCAAAAGGAUGACAGACGUGUUGGUCGCUCCAGGAAUACUUUUGCUCUCAAGGAAUCCUGCUUACUUCAGAACCGGGACAUUGUGGAGGUGGUACGCACUGAGUAUGUCUAUAGUCGGCCUCCACCCUGGUCUGACAUCCUGCCCACCAUCCAUGUCAUCACUCCCACCUAUAGCCGGCCGGUUCAGAAAGCAGAGCUGACACGAUUGGCCAACACCUUGCUGCACGUGCCCAAUUUACACUGGAUCCUGGUGGAGGACUCCCAGAGGAGGACAACUCUGGUCAGCCAUCACCUCCAGGAGACAGGACUCAACUACACCCACCUCAACGUGGAAACGCCUAGGAACUUUAAGGUGCGUGGGGACACGAGGGAUCCCCGAAUACCUAGGGGUACUAUACAGAGGAAUCUGGCCCUGCGGUGGCUCCGGGAGACCUUCAGUGUAAACAGCAGCCAGCCUGGGGUGGUCUACUUUGCAGAUGAUGAUAACACAUACAGCCUGGAGCUGUUUGAGGAGAUGCGCUCCACCAAAAAGGUGUCCGUGUGGCCCGUGGCCUUUGUGGGUGGCCUACGGUUUGAGUCCCCUAAAGUAAACACCAUGGGCAAGGUGUAUGGCUGGAAGACUGUAUUUGACCCACACCGGCCCUUUGCCAUCGACAUGGCUGGGUUUGCAGUGAACCUGCGCCUCAUUCUGUCAAAACCUCAGGCUUAUUUCAAGUUACGUGGGGUGAAGGGAGGCUAUCAGGAGAGCAGUUUAUUAAAGGAGCUGGUCAUUCUCAGCGACUUGGAGCCUAAAGCUGCUAAUUGCACUAAGGUAUUAGUAUGGCAUACAAGGACAGAGAAACCUGUGCUAGUAAAUGAGGGCAAGAAAGGAUUUACAGACUCUAAUGUGGAGAUCUGACAUACUUCACUGAAAAAGGGGAGGCAUUUCUCCAUGGGAUCCUAUCUGGAUUCAAAACAACCUCACAGCUCCUCAAAGUAUUAAACAGGUUCAAAAUUAUUGUCACAGCACACUAGCUGUAUUUCACCACAGCUUAGCAAUGCGGGCACCCCUGUCCACUCCAGGAGACAGCACAAGGCAUGUCUGAGAAUGACCACAGAGUACCGAAGCACAACUGCACAAAAACAAGGCGGCCUGCUCUGCUUGGAGUACUAGCCAAUGAGAUACGCUGGUAGGAGUUGCCAAAAGGAGCUUGCCCACUAAAGGCAUCCUCGGAGAGCUGGGACAAAGGAUGUUACGUGAUUUAAACUGCAAGAAGAGAUGGCACAGCAAGCAAUAAAGAACCCUCUGAGCGCAGACAACAGCAGCCAACCAUCCAAUUAGCAUUAAAUUGGACCCUUUUGUUCUGAAGCGAGCUGACUGUUGGGCACAAGGCUGCACAGAGGAAUAAAAGGGUCCUUGUCUUGAAUGACUGAUAGACAGCACUGAGGGGAUCUGAGCCCUCCCCACUCAUACUGUACAACACUGAGCUAUUUAGAUACCGCCCUGAACCCAGCACUAAUCAGGAGUCUCCUCGAUA